AUGGCUCUGAAGCAGCGCAGGAAAGGUGAUACUGACAUCAGAGGAGUUAUUGACGGAGGAAGCGACAGAACGUUUAUAACCGAAUCGUUAGCCACCAGCCUACGUUUACCGAUUGUGGACGAAAUCAGUAUCAGCAUUGCCACCUUCGGCGACAGCGAAAAGACUAACCCGAUCAAACGGAAAGUUGCGAAUAUACAGCUUCGGUCUCAGUAUGACACUCAAGAACUCAUAAUCCAAGCUGUGAUCAUUCCCGCCAUCUGCCACGACAUUCGCAGCGCUUCUCCUGAUGUGUCAUUCCUUCGGGAACUCAGGGAACAGGGGAAAAAUCUGGCGGAUGGACUCUAUUUUCCUGGAGACAGGUAUCACGAUGGCAUCAGUAUCUUGAUUGGGGCUGACAAAAUGUGGCAGGUGCUGACUGGAGAAGUUCUAAGGAAGAAGGGUUCAAGAAAUCUCGUGGCGUUAAACUCUUUGUUGGGCUGGACAAUUCAAGGACCGACCAAGGUUUCGUCUGCUGUAGAGUUUCGCCAGGGAACCUACCUUCAACAGUCAGCAGUAGCGUGUGUCCUACGAGUUCACUCAUCGGUGGAGUACGCGAUAUCGGGAGAAGAUGAAACUUCAUGGGAGCCAACUCUUCGGUCGUUCUGGGAGAUUGACUCCAUGGCUAUUCUACCAGAAACCGGCAUCACCGACACCUCGACGGUAAUGGAGAACUUUUCUAAAACGGUAAAGAAGACCGAGGACAGAUAUGAAGUGGCUCUACCAUGGAAGAUUGAUCCUUCAGUUGUGUUGAAUGACAACUACGACGUCGCUGUCACCCGUCUUAAAAAGCUUGUAGCACGGCUUAGGAGAACGGAUGGUCUGUUACUUCGGUAUGACGGUGUCAUCAGAGAUUACUUGAAUCUGGGCCAUGCUGAAGUCGUCGAUGAGAGCAUAGAACCAAAGAACUUGGUAUAUUAUAUGCCUCAUUCAGCCGUGAUACGAGAAGACCGAGCGACAACUAAAGUACGCGUCGUCUUCGACGCCUCUUCUCAUGCGCCAGACAGCAUAUCCCUAAAUCAGUGCCUGGAUAAGGGUAUCAAUUUGAAUCCCGAUAUUUUGCAGCUACUUCUACGAUUCAGGAGUGACAAGGUUGCCCUUACCGCUGAUAUAGAAAAGACGUUUCUCCAGGUUUUGAUUCGGAAAGAGGACCGAGAUGUUUUUCGAUAUCUUUGGUUUCAACAUCAACCUGACCAGGAGGCUUCUCAUAAUGAUUUGGAUGGGGUACAGGUUCUGCGUAUGACGAGAGUUCCGUUUGGAGCGACCUCGAGUCCCUUCCUACUAUCAGCUACCAUCCAGCACCAUCUUGCUACCAUUACCGGCGACCAAGAAACAACAGCAAGAAAAUUGAGCCGUUCGUUUUACGUUGACGAUUUGGUUACUGGCGCAGACUCAGAGGAAGAGGCCGAAAAGCUCUACCGUGAAGCUCUAGAAAUCAUGAACACAGCGGGAAUGAACCUUCGAAAGUGGACAACCAGUAACGAUCGACUACGAGCUUUAUUUGAUGGACGUGAAAGUCCCGUACACGGAACCAAGGAAAAGCAGCAAUUGUUAAGCCCGCAGAAGAUACUGGGAGUGUCAUGGGACACAGAGCAGGAUAAACUGCAGGUGACGAUGAAAUCCCUAUUCACGUUUCUUUUGGAAACUGCGGAUACGAAGCGUUACGUGUUACAAGCCGCUUCGAGAAUUUUCGAUCCACUUGGAAUACUAAGUCCUUUCACCAUUCGAGUGAAGAAACUGUUCCAACAACUUUGGAUUCAUGGAGUAAAGUGGGAUGACAAGCUUCCGGAAGAGGCCUUAACCGAGUGGAAGUCUUGGUGCGCAGAGCUUCUAACUUUGCGUCUAGUUAAAGUGUGUCGAUACUUCGGACCACUGGAUUCCACUACAGGCAGGCAUCUAAUCCUAUAUGCCUUUUCCGAUGCUAGCAUGCAUGCUUACGGAGCAGUAGUAUACGUCAAGGUGGCAGGUCAAGCAACAACGCACUCAAACAUUCAUCUUCUAGUCUCAAAAACGAGGGUGUCUCCACUUAAGUCUAAGCUAACUCUUCCAAGAUUGGAACUAAUGGGAGCUCUUGUCGCUGCAAGGCUAGUACACUACGUCAGAAGAGCCCUAUAUGACUGUACAGUGGCACUUCUGGGCAGACUCGACCAUAGCUCUUGGAUGGAUUCGGCAGGACCCAUCUCGGUGGAGCACAUUCGUAGCAAACAGGGUUGCUGA